CUCCUUCCUUCUCCCACCGCCACACAGCAGCCUCCUCCUGUAACCAGAACUCUUGGCUGGAUCCGAAUGAAUAUUUCUCCAUCCAGACCGUCGACAGAUCGGAGCAAACCGACCGGACGCGGUGCGCGCGCGCGCAACAGAAAGGGGAACGCGUACCUGUCAUCGGGGCAUGUGACAGCGCCGGACCGCGAGGAGAAGGGAUAAAGGACAGACGCUCAGCGGAUUGGGCUCGACUUUUUUUCCGCGUAGACCGACGGAGGCAGAGCUGUUCUGGGGGGGAAACCACGACGGAGAUGGAGCGGCUGUGCGGAGAAAAACUCCCCUUCUGGGUAGCCAAUGAGACGUUCCACACAGACCGGCCUGACCUCUCAGAGUGUUUCCAGCUCUCUGUCCUGGCAUGGCUGCCGUGCAUCUUCCUGUGGGCGGCCUUCCCCAUCUACGUCUACUAUCUAAAGAGGAGCAGCCGAGGCUACAUCAUGAUGUCCCUAUUGAACAGGUUCAAGACAGUGUUCGGCUUGUUCCUUUGGAUCGUGUGUUGGACGGACCUUUUCUACACGUUCCACGAGCUGCGCUCCGGUAACACGCAGCCCCCCAUCUACUUCGUCACCCCGCUGGUGCUCGGGAUGACCAUGCUGCUGGCCACGUUUCUGAUCCAGUAUGAGAGGUUACACGGAGUUCAGUCCUCAGGGGUCCUCUUCAUCUUCUGGUUUCUGUCUGUGCUGUGCGCCCUGGUGCCUUUCCGCUCCAAGAUCCUGAAGGUUUACGGCAAGGAUGUGCCAGAUAAGCUGCGUUUCACCACCUUCUACAUCUACUUUGGUCUCAUUCUCUGCGAGCUCAUCCUCUGCUGCUUCAAUGAGAAACCCCCUCUUUUCUCCAACGUAGUCACUGACCCGAAUCCAUGCCCUGAAACUACAGCAGGUUUUUUGUCUACUGUUACCUUCUGGUGGUUCACAAGUUUGGCCAUCAAAGGUUACAAAAGGCCUCUGGAGAGCAAAGACCUGUGGUCUCUGAACAAGCGAGACAGCUCCGAGGAGAUGGUGCCUAAACUGCUGAAGGAAUGGGAUAAAGAGCAAGCGAAGGCAAAGAGUGAUCAGCAUCUCACCAACCAGGCAGUUUAUGCUAAACCCCAACCGUCGGCCACCAACCACGUCUCAGGAGGAACGGGGGGAAAUGAAAGCAGCCCGGAGGAAGCGGAGGUGCUGCUGUCCAGUCACAAAGCAGCUCCCCAUCAGCCAUCCUUCCUCCGUGCCCUGAUCAAAGCCUUCGGCCCUUACUUUCUGAUCGGCUCACUCUUUAAGCUCCUGCAGGAUUCCAUCACCUUCAUCAACCCUCAGCUCCUCAGCAUGUUGAUCAACUUCACAAAAGACAAGUCUGCUCCUGAUUGGUGGGGUUACACGCUGGCCUUCCUCAUGUUUUUCACCGCCAUACUACAAACCCUCAUCCUCCACACACACUUUCAGUACUGCUUCGUCACUGGCAUGAACGUCCGGACAGCUCUCAUAGGAGCCAUUUACAGGAAGGCGCUGGUGAUAACUAAUGCAGCAAAGCGUUCAUCUACAGUGGGAGAAAUUGUCAAUCUGAUGUCUGUAGAUGCACAAAGGUUCAUGGAUCUCACUACCUUUCUAAACAUGCUGUGGUCUGCUCCUCUGCAAAUUAUGCUGGCUUUGUAUUUCCUCUGGCAGAAUCUUGGACCAUCUGUGCUAGCAGGAGUGGCUGUCAUGGUUAUGCUCAUCCCCUUUAAUGCUUUCAUUGCCAUGAAGACCCGGGCAUAUCAGGUCCAGCAGAUGCAGCACAAAGAUGCACGUAUCAAGCUGAUGAAUGAGAUCCUGAAUGGCAUUAAAGUCCUCAAGCUUUAUGCCUGGGAGAACUCUUUUAAAGACAAAGUCCUGGCCAUUAGGCAGAAGGAACUUAAGGUCCUACGAAAGACGGCCUACCUCGGAGCGCUGUCCACAAUGGCUUGGACCAGUGCCCCUUUUCUUGUUGCCUUGACAACGUUUGCAGUGUAUGUCACUGUGGAUGAGAACAACGUGCUGGAUGCAGAGAAGGCCUUCGUGUCACUCUCCCUUUUCAACAUCCUUAGAUUUCCUCUGAACAUGCUUCCCCAAGUGAUCAGCAGCCUCGUUCAGGCCAGCGUCUCACUUAAGCGCAUUCAGAACUUCCUGAGUCAUGAUGAGUUGGACCCAAGCUCCGUGGAUAGAAAGAACACCGGCUCUGAUUUUGCCGUUUCUGUGGUCAAUGGGAAAUUCACGUGGGCCAAAGAGGAUCAACCUGUUCUGCACAACAUCAACGUGAUGGUGCCGCAGGGCUCCCUGGUGGCUGUUGUGGGACAUGUUGGUUGUGGGAAGUCCUCCCUGAUCUCUGCACUGCUAGGAGACAUGGAGAAACAGGAAGGAGAGGUGUCUGUCCGGGGGUCUGUGGCUUACGUUCCCCAGCAGGCCUGGAUCCAAAAUGCCACCCUCCGGGACAACAUCCUGUUUGGGAAUAGCUUCAACGAGCAGAAGUACCACCGUGUUCUGGACGCCUGUGCCUUGACACCAGAUCUAGAAGUUCUGCCUGGAGGAGACAUGACGGAGAUCGGAGAGAAGGGCAUCAACCUCUCCGGCGGUCAGAGACAGAGGGUGAGCUUGGCUCGAGCUCUGUACAGCAACGCCGACGUCUACCUACUCGACGACCCGCUCUCUGCGGUGGACGCCCACGUGGCCAAACACAUCUUUGACAACCUCAUCGGACCUGAGGGCGUUUUGAAAGGCAAGACUCGCAUCCUGGUGACACACGGCAUCAGCUUCCUGCCUCAAGUGGAUAACAUAGUGGUGAUUGUGGAUGGCAGGGUGUCUGAGAUGGGCUCCUAUCAGGAGCUGCUCAAACAGAACGGAGCCUUCGCAGAGUUUCUCAGGAACUACGCUUUAGAGGACAUCAUAGAGGAGGACGAAGCCACUGAGGAGUUAAUUGAAGAUGAGAUGUUCUCUGACGACGUCCUUAGCAACCACCACACAGACAUGGUGGAUAAUGAACCCACAUUUAAUGAAACAAAGAAAAGCUUUAUGAGACAGAUGAGCAUUAUGUCAGGAGACAGUGAUAACCUCAGGUGCCGCUCGGUCAGGAGACACGGCUGCAGCCAGAGGAGGCAUCCAGAGCCUCAGGAGAAGAAGAAACCCCAGGAGAUGGAAAAGCUUAUCCAGGCGGAGGCAGCAGAAACGGGACGGGUUAAGUCCAAAGUGUUUCUGGAGUACGCAAAGGCAGUAGGACUCGUGCUGUCGGUGAUCAUUUGCCUGCUGUACGCCUGCCAGAGCGCCGCCUCCAUCGGAGCGAACAUCUGGCUCAGCGAGUGGACCAACGACGCGUCGUUAAAUAACACCAAGGAAAAUGUUAACAUGAGGGUGGGGGUGUACGCAGCUCUGGGCAUUGCACAAGGUGUGCUCAUUUUGGCUAACUGCCUUUUGUGCCGGGCCUACUGUAUGCUGCGGGCGGCCAAGCUCACACACCGAAACAUGCUGCAGGGGGUCCUGCGAGCCCCGCAGGCCUUCUUCGAGAGCACCCCGACUGGGCGGUUACUGAACCGCUUCAGCAAAGACGUGGAUGCUAUAGACUCCCACAUCCCAGAAAAUAUUGACAUAUGGAUGCGCACUUUCUGGUACACACUGAAUGUGCUGCUCAUAUGCUCUGCCCUCACCCCAAUGUUCCUCUUAGUCGUAGCCCCGUUAAUGGUGUUCUAUUGGUGGGUUCAGAGAUUUUACGUUGCCACGUCGCGGCAGCUUAAGCGUCUGGAGUCGGUCAGCCGCUCCCCGAUAUACUCCCAUUUCUCGGAGACCAUCACUGGCUCGAGCGUAAUCCGAGCCUAUGGCAGGCACGAUGCCUUUGUUCACAUGAAUGAUAUGAAGGUGGAUGAUAACCAAAAGAGUUACUACCCUGGUAUAGUGUCCAACAGGUGGCUGGGAGUACGCAUCGAGUUCAUCGGGAACUGCAUCGUUUUGUUUGCUGGUCUCUUCGCCGUGGGGGGGAAGAACACUCUGAACCCAGGCCUCGUGGGUCUGUCUGUGUCAUACGCUCUCCAGGUGACCAUGUCCCUGAACUGGAUGGUCCGGAUGACGUCAGACCUGGAGAACAACAUCGUAGCGGUGGAGAGAGUGAAGGAGUACUCAGAAACCGAGACUGAGGCCCCAUGGGAGGUGGAGGACAAAAAGCCUCCUCCUGAAUGGCCCAUGAAGGGGAACGUGGAGUUCAACCAGUACUGCGUUCGGUACCGCGAGGGUCUGGACCUCGUGCUGAAGAACAUCACACUAAGCGUGAAAGGAGGAGAGAAGAUCGGCAUCGUCGGUCGCACCGGAGCGGGGAAAUCUUCCAUGACGCUUUCGCUCUUCAGACUGCUGGAAGCUGCAGGAGGAGAGAUCACCAUUGACAGCGUGAAGAUAUCCGAGAUAGGUCUGCACGACCUGAGGUCCAAACUCACCAUCAUUCCACAGGAGCCUGUCCUCUUCUCUGGGACGCUGCGGAUGAACCUGGACCCGUUUGACAAGUACAGUGAUGAAGAGGUGUGGAAAGCCCUGGAACACUCCCACCUCAGUAGGUUUGUCAGCAACCAGUCGGCAAAACUGGAGAUGGAGUGUUCAGAGGGAGGAGAGAACCUCAGUGUGGGCCAGAGGCAGCUGGUGUGUUUGGCUCGAGCUCUGCUGAGGAAGACGAGGAUUCUCAUCCUGGAUGAAGCUACAGCUGCUAUCGACCUGGAGACGGACGAUCUCAUCCAGUCCACCAUCAGGACUCAAUUUGAGGAAUCCACCGUUUUCACCAUCGCACACAGACUGAACACUAUUAUGGACUACACAAGAGUGCUGGUGUUGGACAAGGGACAGAUAGCAGAGUUUGAUACCCCCACAAACCUGAUAUCGCAAAGAGGAAUCUUCUACGGCAUGGCUAAAGAUGCAGGACUAGCACAGUAGCGCGGCCAGCUUAGCUCACCGCAGCCCCACUCUGGGCUUUAAACCUGGCAGCCGAGCUGUACAUCACUUAUUUGGACUUACUACAUGUUGUUAUUGUUUUUUUCUGUUUUGAUUUUUUUUUUUUUUAUCGGCACUUUGUGCUCGUUUUGAAUGAAGCCUGAAUUCCUUGCAGGCUUGGAUCAAAUAGCGCUUGGGAAAAGUUCCAGUUGUCGUCAAAAAAACACAUCAGGUCUCAAUUUUUUUAUCCUCCAACCACCCUUAGAAUUUCCCUUAUGUCAUUUAAUAGGAAAUAAAGCCAUAUGCGCGGAUGCUACUUGAUCCAAGCCUGCUCCUUUGUGCCUUCUGCCAGUGGGAUAAGAAAGCCAGUGAAUGUAUCAUAUUUUAACUGGGCUGACUGCUGCAAAACAGCUAAAAAAAAAGGAUGAACUUUUAUUUUACUAUACAAAGAAGAAGAUUGUGCCACUGUACCUUCCUUAUAAGAGACAAAAAAACAACUUCUGUGAUAAGAACCCAUGUUAUUUUUGUACUGUACAUUUAUUUAAGUUACUCUGGAGAGAUUUGUAUUUUCUUGGAAUGUUUUCUCAGUUAAAUGUGUGAUCUUUCUGUGAACCAAAUUUAUAAAAACUUGAAUUCUGUACCACCAAAAUAUGAAAAUAAUGCCUUUAUUAAAAAAAAAAUAUACAUAUGACAAUGGAA